AUGUUCAACAAGGCCUUUUAUAGAAAAUAUAAAAAGACUGGUUUAAACCACCAGUUCGAACAUUUUAUUGAAAUUGCUCGUCCCAGCCUUGCUCAAGAACAAAGGUCUACCCUACUUUCAUACUUCAUUGUAAAUGAUAAAGCCAAAGCUGGUGCGAAGCAAACCUUUGCUGUCUGUAAAAAUGAUGACGAGAAACUUGCCUAUUUAAAACAAGAUCUUUGA